CAAAAACAAAAAAAAUUUGCGAACUAAACAAGGCCUUAGUUAUACAAGAUUAAAAGCAAGAGAAACAUUUCACUGUCGCCUCCACCGUCGUGGUCACCGUCUCAGGCCACAUUCUCAUUUUUUUCACACACAACUUUCCUCUGUUCUCAAAUAAAGAAAGCCUUCCUGAAACGAAAGGAAUCCCAAGGCUGUCUGGUAGCCUCCUUCUCCCCCAUCCCAACGGCAAGAAUAGCAGGGGCUGCGCGAGGCAGAGGAAAGCAGAAGCAGAGCAGCCCCAGAGCAGCACGCUCAAGCAAACCUCUCUCUCUCUCUCUCUCUCUCUCCCAAAUUCCAAACCCUACCACCGCACCCCAUUUCCCUACCAUUUUCCCGUUGCCCAUUUACCCCAGCAAGAGCAACCAAGCACGCCUCCGAUCUAGAGCUCGCCCCAAGUCUAGAACGGAGCAAUGCGCAAGGCGGUCAUCAACGCCGUCCUCUUCCCGGCUCUCGCCGUGGUCGUCGCUCUGGCCAUCUUCUACUUCGUCCGCCGCCGCCGCCGCCGGGGCCGGGGCCGCGGUCGCUCGGUGCUGCCCUCCCACGGCGGCGCGAGGGCGGACCGGUUCCAGGCGGCCGGCGGCGCGUCGGGCGGCUACGUCGCCGGCGGGGAGGAGGCGCUGCUGCGGUUCCCGGGAGGCGAGGCGCUCACGGUGGCCGCGAUCCUCGAGGCGCCCGGGGAGGUGGUGGCCAAGUCCUCGCACAGCACGCUGUACCGCGCCGGGCUCAGCGCCGGGGAGGCCGUCGCGCUGCUCCGGUUCGUGCGCCCGGCCUGCGCCGCGGCCGCCGAGGACGCCGCGGCGGCUGCGCGGGUGCUCGGCGCCGCGCGCCACCCAAACCUCGUGCCGAUCCGCGCGCUCUACAUCGGACCGCGCGGGGAGAAGCUACUCGUGCACCCGUUCUACGCCGCCGGCUCGCUACGCCGCUUCCUGCAAGAGGGAAUCAAUGAUUCACAGAGAUGGGAAAUAAUUUGCAAGCUGUCUAUCGGCAUUGUCAAAGGACUGGACCACCUUCACACAGCAUCGCAGAAACCAAUCAUUCACGGCAAUCUCAAAACAAAUAACAUUAUGCUUGACGCUGAUUUCCAGCCCAGGAUAGCAGACUUUGGCCUCUACCUUCUGCUGAACCCUGCUGCUGCGCAAGAGAUGCUGGAGACAUCUGCAAUGCAGGGCUAUAAGGCUCCAGAGCUGAUCAAGAUGAGGGAUGCCACCAGGGAGAGUGAUAUCUACAGUCUGGGAGUGAUUAUGCUCGAGAUGCUCGCUCAGAAGGAUGUCGCAAAUGAUAAUAAGUCGCCAAAUGCGCGAGACAUCCAUUUGCCGGCCUCUUUCAAAGACCUGGUUCUUGAGAGGAAGAUAUCAGAAGCUUUCAGUUCCGAGCUCAUCAAACAAAGCAAGAAUUCUGGGAAGGAGGACAAUCUAAAUGCCUACUUCGAAUUGGCAACGGCUUGUUGUAAUCCAUCACCGUCAUUGAGACCAGAUACAAAGAAAAUACUGAAAAGGCUUGAAGACAUAGCAAGAUAAUAAUAGAUGCGUGUGGCGAUGAGGCUCCAUUAAUCCUGUUUAGAAAGUGUGGUGUUAUAGCAGCAGCCAGCAGGAUAGUAGCUUUGGUGUCUCUUGUAUUGUCUGUUACUUCUUGCAUACAUCAGAGAUUGUAUCGGGGCAUUUGGAGAGGAAAAGAUCGUAACGUAAGGUAGGAGCCACAAGCAUGUAUAGAAAAGUAUAUUUUCCACUAACUCAUCCGAGAACAAAAUGUGGGUGCUUUCGACGUGGAAAUCUAUAAAAAUUUCCUUAAUUUGCAUU